AUGAGCAAACCAGCAUCUGCUGGAUUUGGAACAAGUACUACACUGGGGUUUGGAUCUUCUAGUUUACUGAGUUCUUCCAAGCCACUGGCAUUUUCGGCAUUUGCAUCACAAUCAGACAAUAAAUCAUCACCUUUUGGUAGUAUUGGCCAAGGAACCUCGACAUUUGGUACAAGUACCGCUGCUAAUCCAUUUGCUCCAAAAUCAACAACAGCAGCAACAACAACAAACACGUCUGCAUUUGGAUCAAACCCGCCUCUGGCUUUUGGAUCAACUAACCAAGCAUCUCCUUUUGGCACAUUGUCUGCAAAUCAAACAACAUCUGCAUUUGGAUCAUCUAUAACUCAGCCGACAUCUGCUUUUGGAUCUACAAACCAAUCAAAACCAGAAAAUGCCUCUCCAUUUGGUUCAGCACAACUGGGUGGACUGCCAAUCGGAACUAUUAAACCUACAACUACAUCUGUAUUUGGCUCAUCAUCAUCUCCAUUUGGAACUAUAACUCAAAAUUCUGGAUUUGGAAACACAUCUACAAUAGGAGCAUCCAAUUCACCGUUUGGACAAUCAGCACAAUCGGCAUCGGUACAAAGUUCUGCCAAUGUAUUUGGCAGCACUGUCCAGAAUCCAUUUGGAUCAGCAACCACAGCUUCCACUAUACCUAGUUCAGAUCUUUCCACUGAAGAGUUAGAAGAUCUUGAUCCUUCUGUGAUUGAGGCAUUCCGAUCACCACAAUUUAGUUUGGGUAGAAUACCUGAUGCUCCACCCCCAGCACAAUUGUGUAAUUAA